AUGAAGCAAUCAAAAGAUCCUUUCGAAGUAGCAUUUGAGGAAUUAGAUGAAUCCCUGGUUGAUUCCCCUGACUCUCAUGAUGAUAUUGUGGCUCAAACUCUAUCAUCAAAACCAAAUAUCAACUCCCAAAGAGAUGAUUUGGAAAACAGUAUUCAUCCUUUAAACCAACCAAAAUCAAGAGUUAGAUUACCUCAACUUCAGCAGCCAUCCCAACCAAUCAGAAGACACAAAGAAGAUGACGAUGAGGAAGAAGAGGAAAACAUGGAUGUUGAACUUGGAAAAUUCCCAUCUACAGGAGACCCCGACAAAAUGGCCAAAAUGCAGUCAAUAUUAUCACAGUUCACUGAGGAACAAAUGAGUAGGUAUGAAUCUUUCAGAAAAUCUGGAUUUCAGAAAUCAAACAUGAAAAGGUUAUUAGCCAGCAUUACUGGAAGUGCCAAGAUUUCAAUGUCAAUGACUAUUGUCGUAUCCAGGAUAGCAAAGAUUUUUGUUGGUGAACUUGUUGAGACAGCGAGGGUAGUGAUGACAGAGAGAAAGAAGACAGGGCCAAUAAGGCUGUUAUGCGGGGAGAUGGAUAAUAAAGAUGUGAAAUUGAGGCUAAACAUCAACAAAUGUGAAAGUUGUGAGUUAAUUGUGUUGGCAUUUGCUAAUGAGAUUGGGAUUCCAUUCCUUGAAACAAGUGCUAAAAGUUCCACCAAUGUGGAAGAAGCUUUUAUGGCUAUGAGUGCUGAAAUUAAAAAUAGGAUAGCAAGUCAACCGUUAAUGAACAAUGCUAGACCUCUUACUUUUCAGAUCCGAGGACAUCCCGUGUAA